AUGUCCAGUAAGGAAGAGAUCCAAAAGUUUGCUGAAAAGUACGGCAUCAAGAACGUCAAUUUGAUCCAGACCGGUGCCUUGGUCAACGGAGAGUGGAUCGUUGACUCGUCCGACGUCUUUUCAGUUGCAGACCCAGCAAGUGGUGAACAUUUGCUCAAUGUCUCCAACACCAAGAUCGAGGUCAUCGAGCAAGGUAUCAAGGAUGCUGAGGCCGCCUUCAACAAGUUCAAAAAUUCAUCCAGCGGCAGAGAAAGAAGCAGAAUCUUGCGGAAGAUGUACGAGUUGAUGUUGGAGAACUUCGACGAUUUGGCCACCAUCUGUACCAUCGAGAACGGUAAAUCAUUGGCUGACUCGAAGGGUGAAAUUGGCUAUGCUGCCGGAUUCUACGAAUGGUUUGCUGAAGAGGCCCCAAGAAUCUACGGCGACAACAUCCCAAGCGCAUCCACCAGCAAGAGAAUCAUUACGUCCAAGCAACCGAUCGGAGUUGUUGGUAUCCUCACUCCUUGGAACUUCCCUUCUGCCAUGAUUACUAGAAAGUUGGGUGCUGCCUUUGCAGCAGGUUGUGCAGCAGUUAUCAAGCCAGCUACAGAAACUCCGUUAUCCGCCUUGGCGUUGGGUUACUUGGCACAGGAGGCAGGCUUACCUAACGGUUUGCUGAACCUCUUCCCAGUCGACCAAGACAGAACGAAGGUUGUCGGUACUUUGUUCUGCGAGUCUCCUAUCAUUAGAAAGAUUUCUUUCACUGGUUCCACCGGUGUCGGUAAGCUAUUGAUGAGCCAAUCCUCUUCGACACUGAAGAAACUUUCCUUUGAGUUGGGUGGAAACUCUCCAUUUGUGGUUUUCGAAGACGCAGAUGUAGAUCUUGCCGUCAGUGCGGCUCUCGGAUGCAAGUUGAGACAAUCUGGCCAAACCUGUAUCUGUGCAAACAGACUCUACAUCCACGAAGACAUCUAUACCGAGUUUGCAACAAAAUUCACUGCAGAGGUCAACAAGUUCAAGUUGGGCCACGGCUUAAAGCCAGAUACCACACACGGCCCAUUGAUUCACCAACGAGCUGUCGAUAAAGUUGCCAGCCAUAUCGAAGAUGCUGUUGGAAAAGGUGCUAAGGUCUUGACAGGUGGUAAGAGAGCUCCUCAUUUGGGUGAAAACUUCCACGAAUUGACGGUUUUGGGUGAUGUUCCAAAGACAGCAGUUGUCAACAAGGAGGAAACUUUUGGUCCUCUGGUCCCAUUGAUUAAGUUCAAGACCGAAGAAGAAGUUCUUGAAUUGGCCAAUGACACCGAGUACGGUUUGGCUGGUUACUUCUUCUCCCAAAACUACGCCAGAAUUUUCAGAUUCGGUGAACAGCUCCACUGUGGUAUGAUUGGUGCCAACACAGGUGCCCUUGGUGAGGCUUCUUUGCCAUUCGGUGGUAUUGGCUGGUCUGGAUUUGGAAGAGAAGGCUCCAAAUAUGGUGUCGACGAUUACACGAUCAUUAAAUCGAUUGUUAUCGGUGGAAUAGAGUAA